AUGGAAACACCGCCAGCGACUCCGUGUUCCUCUACACCACCUACCCUUCCAUUCGACCAACGUCUUAUUGUCGUCUCUAACCGCCUCCCUGUCACUUUGAAGAGAAGCAGUGACGGCAAAUAUGAGUUCAAGAGAUCUUCUGGCGGUCUGGCGACGGGCAUAAGUGGUGUCAAGCGCGACAACCAGAUGCUAUGGUAUGGAUGGCCUGGUCUCGAAAUUCCCAAGUCUGAGGAGCUAGAGAUCGCCCAAAGUCUAAGACAGCAUCACGGUGCCAUUCCUGUACCAGUGGCGGGCGACGUUGCCGAGUUAUACGACAAUGGGUUCUCGAACUCGACCAUGUGGCCACUCCUGCACUAUCAACCAAAUGCCAUACGCUUUGACCAGAACGAAUGGCAGGCCUAUCGCAAAGUCAACAAGGCCUUUGCAGACAAGCUGGUGGAGGAGGUCGACGAGGGAGAUGUCGUCUGGGUCCACGAUUACCACCUCAUGCUUUUGCCCACCAUGUUGUACGAAGCGGCGGCCGACAGAGGCAAACAGCUCACCAUCGGUUUCUUUCUACACACUCCCUUCCCGACGGCCGACAUGUUCAAGGUUGUGCCGCACUGGGAGGAGCUUAUCGAAGGCGUCCUUCGGUGUCGCUUGUUCGGUUUUCACACCCAAGCUUACGCCCAGAACUUCAAGCGCAUUUGUGGUGACUAUUUGGGGUUCAAGCAGUUCCCUUCCGGAAUCCAGAGGGACGGUAACUUCAUCGACCUCGGCGUGUACCCUAUCGGCAUCGACGUACCUAAAUUUGUCGAACACGUGCAGAAACCCGACGUGGACGAGAGAGUCGAAAAGUUCCGGAGCCGAUACAGGGUCUCGAAACUCAUCAUCGGCGUGGACAGACUUGACUACAUCAAGGGUAUCCCGCAAAAGUUGAAAGCUCUGGAAUCUAUUCUCGACCGAAACCCUUCCUGGGUAGGUCUGGUGACGAUGAUUCAGGUCGCCGUACCUAGUCGAGAAACCGUCAAGGACUACAAGGCACUGGCGGAUGAACUUCAUCGGCAGGUCGACCGGCUGAACACCAAAUAUGGUUCGGAUGACUACAAACCCGUACACUUCCUACAUCAGAGUGUGCCCUUUUGA